AUGAACAGUGCACACGCUGCAAGACAACAGCUUGACCGCAUCUUCGCUUUUGAUGCGGCAUUUUCACUCAUCUUUGGGGCCCUAGCAAUUCUUGCACCUCAUGGGAUCCUAACGGCCUUGGCUGGAGGGUUCUACAACCAUUCAGUACAUGAAACAUUGCGUCUGUAUGGAUGCUUGAGGCUGGCCUGUGGUUGGAUUUUAUGGCAUGCCCGUGCUGUGGAUGAUGGUCGGUUUCGAAAACACAUUUGUGAAGCGCUUUUCGUUUGUUAUGUCUUGCAAACCUUGGCAAUAUUAAGAGCGCAAUUCACCGAUCGGCAUUCCCUCAUUAAUUGGGUUGCCAUCCUUGUUAUGGGUGUACUCGGAGCAGCGUAUGCAUCCUUUCGAUUUGGCAAGGGAGGAAAUCUCAUCAAAGUAUACGAGUUGCCGACUGGAGCAAAUAUUAUAUGA